AUGACCACGAAUAAUGACCUGCAUCAGCAACAGCACUACUCACCCCAAACCCCAACUUGGAGGACUCAUCCACAACAGAGCAGCAACAGUAUGAAUGAAGCAGUAUCAACUUCCCAUCAUCACACUCCCAUUCGCUACGUCGACGAACGCACCAAAGCAGCCGGCCGCAAGGCAGAAUUGGAAGCCUUGCGAAGACUCAAUCAACUGACGGCUCGAAAGGCAGCGUUUUCCAAUACGGCCAUUUCACCGACAUCCACCAAUUUCUCCUCGUUUUUCCAACAACAAAAACAACGUCGAUUGGCCGCCAAGCAAUUGCGAUUGGGUGCCAUGACACAACUCCAACAGUUUCGACUCGAUGCCAAUGCGAUUCAAAUGAUCAACAAGAGAACCCCUCGUCAACCACAGACACCCACUCAAUCGGCAUAUUCCCGCAUGGCCCAAGUCGACUUUUUCGGAAGUCCGGAAUGGAGACAGCGAAAGCAAGAAGCAUUACGAAGACUACAGGCGUAUAGACAACAAGUCGACGUAGUGGCUACUGAAACUACAACUACGGAUACUGGAGAAUCCACCAAUCUGCCAGACACGGAACAGUCUUCGCCAUUGGAGGAAACAGAAAUAUUGGUGGUGAACAACAACGACCAUCAUCAGAGCCACAAUCAGGAGGAAGAAGAAGAAGAGGAUCCCACCGUCACACAUUUGGACUCUCUCUUGCUCGUACACUCGGAACUCAAGGGAUUCUUCACCACCGAUGGUGACUCCAUGGAGGACCACCCUCAGGAGCAAGAGGACAACCUUGUGGUGGACAACAACUACCACUCGGAAGCAACAAUCCACACUCCUUCUUGCAAGGAUGUCAGCAACAGCAAUAGUAACCACCAUUAUGAAUUCAAUGACGAAAAGAAGGAAGAAAUGGUGAUGGACAACGAGGAACAAGGUGGAACAUCGUUUCUAGAAUCGGCUCAGGAUAUGAUUGCCCAAUGUGAAGCUUUGUUGGCCGCCACUAGUCAUACAGAAGAAGAAGAGCCAACCAAAUCGGACGAUGAUGGAAGCGUUGAACUCACCACCAACAAGAGCCACGCCUCCAACCAUGACACACCCAAAGAACGAUCGUCUCCAACCGGAUAUGAUUGUGUCGCAAGCUCCACCAUUGAAGAUCACAUGAACUCUAUUAUGGCCAUGCAAGCAUCCCUGUCAUUCUCCAGGCAUACCCCGAGCACUGGCAGUCCCUGUAUCUCGCGGGCGGACACGGCAUCCACCAAUGCACUCGAUAAUACCACCAAUGGACACUUGAUCAUGACACCACAAACAUUUAAUAGUCCACAACAACAACCACCACCUCCAACAACCGAAGAGGACCAACAAGAAGAGCCACCACCCGUCGCCGGAACAUUUUGCGAAGACGACGCUUCUGGAAUUAGUUCCAUUGGAUCGUCCAUGGAACAGACGACCGUUCCUCGUGGUGCCGCCACUACGUUGAGUCGAGCAUCCAGUGCGUCGUCCUUGAGUUCCUUUUGGCAUCUCGACGAUCCACCGGAGGACACCAAAAGCACAGCGACCGGCGACACGAAUAGCCACAAGAAGAAGAAGGACAAGUACAGUCAGUUGAUUUGCAAUUCGGAACAAUAUCUACCCAACUUGCACUCCACAAAGGGAGCGUGUGAACGAUGCUUUGCCAUGGCAUCCACUGCCGAAAAGGCCAAAUUCCGAAAAAACGGGAGACAUGUCCGCAUCAUGGUGAUUCGGGGAGGAUGUCAUCGAGAUUGCACUGCCUAUCCUCGCACAGCCGACGAACCACCUGUUCGGCUCUGUCGCAAGUGUUAUUUUGAUUGUCAUCGAGCUCCCAAAAAGAAGAGGUAG